GAACUGUCAUCCCCAAGACUAAAAAUAACAUAUAUGACUAAUCCAGCCCAAGAGCAUAUUAGCCAAAUCACUAAUCACAAAAGAAUUAAAUAUUUAGAUAUUAGCAACCGCGAUUUAUCCGGUCCGGCUGACCUAAAAGAAUUUACCGCUUUAAUUAAAUAUCUUAAUUGUGAAAAUAAUCCGUUAAGUGCGAAAAACUUGGAAAAUUUGUCUAGCGAACAAUUUGGCAACCAAGGAAAUCAGCAACAGCAGCAAAACGCUCAAUAUUUACAAACCCUUAUUCAGCAGGGCGGUUCAUCGGUUAAAUCGGAGGAUAAUAAUCGGUCCGGUAAUAAUGUCCCACUUUUAAUUGGUGGUUUAGUAAUUUUUGGCAUCUCUGCUUUGGUAGUAGGAUUAGGAAUAAUUAAAUCCGGAUUAUUAGGAUUUACUUUGGCUGCCAUUCUCUUUAGUGGCAGUAUGAGCCAUAAGAAAAGUCUUUGGGAAUGCGGACUAUGUAAAGACUACGACAAUGCAAUGCACUUUGCUAUGGGUAUAAACCCCGAGGACAAAUCUCCUUUUCCCGAAUGUGGUUGUCGAGGAAUUUGCUUCGAAUGUUCAAGGAAAAAAUGCCAGGUAUGCGGCAAUAUAAAAAGAGGAGAAAAUGACGAUUUUGCUAGUGAUUGUAAAAUCUGUGGUAAUUGUGAGCAAUGCGUUUAUUGUAAUAACAAAACUGUUUGCCGAAAAUGUGCUAUUGCUAAAUUAGACAAAGUGAAAAACCAAUCAGAGGAGAUUAAAAACUUAAGGACAAGAGUUGGAGAAUUAGAAGAAAAAACUAAAAAAUUAGAGGAAAGUUAUUCAGAUGUGAUAAUUGUGAUUAAAAUUACUCUUUUGGAUGAACUGCCACCGAACGGAGCCAUUUACCAUACUGAUAAAUUUGGAAGCCAGCGGGAGAAGGCAAAUGAGCUUGACAAGCUAAAAAUAUCAGAGCCAUCGCCGAAAUAUUUAAAAAAUACUUUUUUUCGAUUGAGU